UGAUCCCAGUUAAAGAGAGAGAGAGAGAGAUUGCCCCUGGAUGUCUAUGAUGUUGUGCCAGCUCGGGCAGAGGUGUGUGAUGGAGGUGGUGGUGCUGACCGUCCUGUCCUGGGUGUCCGUGUGGGCGGAGGAGAAGAUCAUAUUUGACAGACACGCUGUCUACUGGAACAGCUCCAAUCCCAAGUUCUGGCACGGAGAGUACAGGGUGGCAGUGAAUAUCAAUGACUAUCUGGACAUCUACUGUCCUUACUAUGAGGGUCCUCCUUCCCACGGGCGCAUGGAGCGCUACAUCCUCUUCAUGGUCAACCACGAGGGCUACACUUCCUGCCAGCACAGGAUGCGUGGCUUCAAGCGCUGGGAGUGCAACCGUCCCAGCGGUCCUGACGGACCCCUGCGCUUCUCAGAGAAGUUCCAGCUCUUCACUCCCUUCUCCCUGGGCUUUGAGUUCAGGCCUGGACACGAGUACUACUACAUCUCGUCUCCUCACCCAAACCAUGUGGGGCGGGCAUGUCUAAAGCUGAAGGUGUAUGUCAGACCUCCAGAUGGAUCGGGAUAUGAUUCUCCGGAGCCCUUCCUGACUGAUGGAGGUCCAAGCUGGAGGCCAGGGUCCAUGGUGCUGUUAGCUGUUCUGGCCCCACUGCUCCUGGGACUCUUCUCCUGGCUGUGA